UUUGUAAUUGUCUUCCCUUGUUUUCUUUUUUUUUUCCACUUUUCUUUCUUGCACUGCUUCUGUCUUUUCUUUAUUCAGAACUUUUCUUUUUUGUAUGGCAGAGAUUGGAUAAUGAGGAAAGUAUAUAGAUAAUAACUACUGUUGGGGUACCCACCGCUGGAGGGUGAUGCAGCCGUGAUGUGGGAGUGGCGCGGGGCACCCUGCAGGAAGGAAGAGCCAGGCAGCACUUCUCUCCGAAAAGCACAUGGAAGAGACACCACCACCACCACACACCAUGCUGGCGGGGUACAGCCUGCCGUCGCUCACCACGGUGGUGUGUGGGCUGUUUGUGGCAUACAUCCUGCAGUCGGUGUGGACGCUGGGCCAGCUGUUUGUGCACCCCAGCUGCCCCACCCCCAGCCACUGCUACCAGCCUCUCAUUGCACAGAACCCUCAGCUGCAGCUGCUGGCGUUCACCUCACUGUCCCGUGCUCCCUCACACCCCCGAGAGCUGGAGUUGCUACAUCGCGUCAAGCACUUCCCCUAUGACAGUCCCCGGGAGGACCAGCUGGAGGUGCAGCUUCCCCUCAGGGUCAGAAACAAUGGCUCCUUUUACCUGCAUCUCUUCCUUACCCCUCCACACAUCACGCCUGAGGACUGGGGUGGCCUGGCUCAAGGGGAACAUUCAGUUUAUGCCUUCUCCCCACUGACGGAGUACCAGGUGCCUGAAGCCUCCACUUUCAACCUUCUGGGGGAGGACAAGACUGCAGCAAAGGAGGACAGCACCACCACCAGCAGCAGCAGCAGUAAGAGCAGCAAGCAACAGAAAUCACGCAGGCCGGUGACACACUUCCAGUCCCAAGUGACCUUCAACAUCCUGACUGACCCUGUUGGUCUGCCCCGCCAUGACCUUCCCUACGACCUGGGUCAUGCCCUCAGACUGGACUCCCGGGGCCGCUACCUCCCCAUCUUGCACGUGGACACCCUCAGUGCUCGGCUGCGAGACCUGGUGGAGGUGACGCCCACCCUCACCCACACCAACUUCACCCUCAAGUAUGCCCCCAUCUCAUACGGCAAGCUGAGGCUAUGGAUGCAGUUCGAGGGGGCGCUCAGACCCAUGGCAUCCCUGGGCUUCAGUGCAAGGGACCUGGAUGAUGUCAAAGGGAUCUUCUCUGACACCAGCCUCUACUUCCUCUUUGUGACCUUCCUGGUGGCUGCCCUGCAUAUGCUCUUCGACUUCCUAGCCUUCAAGAACGACAUAGCAUUUUGGCGUGGCCGGCGGUCCAUGGCAGGCCUGUCCCCCUCCUAUGUGGCGUGGCGGGCCAUCUCCCAGGCUAUUGUGUUCCUGUACCUGUUGGAGGAGAACACAAGCCUGCUGGUGCUGGUGCCUGCUGGGAUAGGAGGUGUUAUUGAGUUGUGGAAGGUGACCAAGGCAUUCCACAUUCGCCUGGAGGGUUGGCGGCUGCGGGUGGAGCAGGCCAUCAGCUCUGGGGAGAGUGCCACCCGGGAGCUGGACUCUCAGGGCAUCCGCUACCUCAGCUACCUCCUGUACCCCCUGCUGGUGGCCGGCGCUGUGUACUCCCUGCUCUAUACCCCCCACAGGAGCUGGUACUCCUGGUUGAUCAACUCCCUGGUGAAUGGAGUGUAUGCGUUUGGCUUCCUGUUCAUGUUGCCGCAGCUGUUCAUUAAUUACAAGCUGAAGAGUGUGGCCCACCUGCCCUGGAAGACCUUCAUGUACAAGGCUUUCAACACCUUCAUUGACGACCUGUUUGCCUUCAUCAUCACCAUGCCCACCGCCCACCGUGUUGCCUGCUUCAGGGAUGAUGUGGUGUUCCUCAUCUAUCUCUUCCAGCGAUGGCAGUACCCGGUGGACAAGAGCCGUGUGAAUGAGUUCGGUGAGUCUGGUGAGGAGGUGGCACAGAAGGCUAAGGAGGAGUAAUCAUCCACCACUGCACCACCACCACCACCACUACCAGUGUGCAGGCUGCAGGUCAGAGUGAGGGCGUUCACUGGAAGGCGCUAUGCAGGUUCCCCCGAGGCUCCGGCCCAGUGUGGUGAGGGAAGUGUUUCUCUUAUGGUUGUUGUUUCAUUGAAGGAAUCACAGCGGAAGUUUUGUUGGUGUUUACUGAUGUGUUUAUUUAGUUUUCUUUGGUGUUUGUGUAUUUCUGAGUUAGUGACGGAAGUAAGGACAGACAUUCAAACUGUGGCAAGUGGUGGGACCUCAAGAACAGGUGCUGAAAGUCAUCUUUAUUUUUAUUUAUUUUAUUUUUUAUUUUUUCCUGCAUUUAUGGAUAUGCAUUUAUGGAUUUAUGCAGUUAUGGAUAUGUUUUCCUCAUUCCAAACACACACGAUCCUCACAGUGAGAUGAUGUGUAUCAGUGUGUUGGAGGCUGUGUCCUCCCGACCAAACCUUUGUCUUGGCUCAAACUACUCAAUAUUUCUACUGUUAGUGGCACAGUGUAGUGUAUUAGUGGCUCUUCUGGCCUACAUUUAUUUAUUGUGUGUGUGUGUGUGUGUGUGUGUGUGUGUGUGUGUGUGUGUGUGUGUGUGUGUGUGUGUGUGUGUGUGCGUGUGUAUCCAUUAUGGAGAGUGGCAUUGGGGUGGUGAGGCCAAGAGGGGCUGGUGCAAUGAGGGCCAGAGUGCCCCAGUGUGUGGGGUGUUGAGGUGCAGCUCCUCCCUCAGGGGCAACACACAAGGACAAUCAAACUUCUCUCUCAUUGGCUGCUGCUGACCCAGCUGGCCCUUUGUCGGGUGAAGGUGUGUGUGUGUGUGUGUGUGUGUGUGUGGUUCAAAGGGAGGGAUGGCUUGUGUUGUUUCCUUUGUGGUAGAGUGUUGGGCAGACCUGUGCUGCUGCUCCCUUGGCUGGGUUGGUGAGGGCAGUGCACUGACAGACAAAAGCUGUGGCAUUACCAUGUUCACUAUGAAGGAAGGGAGGCAGAAAUACCCAGGAUAACUUGUCUUCCAGUUUACUGCUUGAAGCUUGUACUCUCUUAGAUCUAAGAGGCGGCUGCGUGUGGCUUGCGUAAAUAAUGAAGUGGCACUUGCCAGGGAAAACCUGGCCAGGAAAUCCACGAGCCAAGGCUGAUCAGGACAAUAGGUAUACGUGGUGCAUCACCAGACAGGCGGUGGAUGGAGGGUGGAGUGAGGGAGAGGAGGGAGCCAAGCAUUCCAGUGUGGUAAGGAGAGGUGGAGUUUGUUGGGAUGUGUGGGGAGCACAACAAGGAAUGGUUACAACUCAGUGUUGUUGGUGGAAGUUUGUAGAGGCAAGUCCAAAAAAAAAAUUUUGAAUGAGGUGGGCCAGAAGGACCCUGGAGACCUGGGGCUGUGUUGGGAGACUGGCAGACCAAGCAGCCCAGCCAGCCGGUAUCAGCAAGGCUCACACAUUGAAGUGUGCAUGGAACCUUUGUAAAAGAUUAAUAAUUUGUCUGAUGUUUCCCUUUGGUUGUUUCCAACCAUUCUCUCACUUGCAUGAUUUUUAUAGAUGUAGUUGAGCAGAUUGUUCUGUAGGCACAGUGCUUUGUAAUGAUGAGUGUUUUCCUGGAGAAAUAAGUCACCACGUAUUAUAGAGUAGGGUUAGGUAUAGCCGCCAAAUUAUUCCCUCUUUGGCAACGUGAACCUUGAGCACACCCAAGGCGACACACUACCCCAGCUGCCAAGGCAAUUGGGGGAAGAGUGGAGGUGAGAACUCCUUCACUUCGCAUGAGCCAGCCGGCUGGAGUGUGGUUGCGCAGCACGGCAUGCCACUGUGCUCGUCCCUUGAUGCUGUCUCUCACACUUUUGUCUGUCAUUGCGCUCCCUGCUGGGUUGUGUUAGUGGUUGGGAAAGGACAGAGAAAUAUUUUGGAAUAUUUUAAGACUGUUGCAUAACUAAACAUUCCACUUUAGGAAUACUACUACUAGAGUCAUAAUAAAAUAUUCUAUAUUUAGAGCUAUAAUAAAGCAACUUAUAUUUGU